AUGGCGCGAAAAGCAAUAGCAAAAGACCAAAUCGUCAAAUUGAUCGUAGGCGCAGGGCAAGCGUCGCCCUCGCCGCCCGUCGGUCCAGCGCUCGGUAGUAAAGGUGUGAAGAGCAUGGAUUUCUGCAAAGAGUUCAACGCACGAACAGCCCACUACAUAGUCGGAACCCCAAUACCAGCGCGCAUAACAGUCCGACCAGACCGCUCCUUCCACUUCCAACUCCGCACACCACCAACCGCUACUCUCCUCCUUAGCGCCGCCGGCGUCCUCCCAACGAAGAACAAGAUAAGAGGUGCUGGAAAUGUUCCAGGACCCAUGAACAACCAUGAUGGACAAAAGGGCAAGACGUCGACUAGUAGUCCGACAGUUGGGAAUGCAGUAAAGGGCACCGUGGGUACGGUGAGCUUAAAGCACGUGUAUGAGAUUGCAAAGAUCAAGCACAGCGAGACACGAUUGAGUGGAUUGAGCUUGGAGGGUGUGGCGAGGUCUGUGGUGGGACAGGCGGGGAGUAUAGGAGUCGUUGUUGUGCCGUAG